AUGGCACUCACCCUCUUUCUGCUUGCCGUCGUAGCGGGAGCGGCGGCAACACAGGUUCCUCUUCAACCACCAUCACCGCACCGUCCUUCACUGUUUUCCUCCGACCUCCUCUCUUUCAUCGAAGAAAUCCGUCAAAAUGCGUCUAUUCCAGGGGUCUCUGUUGGCGUAGUGCGUCUGGGUGAAGACAAGCAGCCAGUGCACCAGUUGGCGGCCUCAGGGCGGAAGCUGGAGGAGGGCAACGGAUAUGAUCUCACCCCCGAGACACUCUUUGGGAUGGCAUCAUGCUCGAAGGCGUUUCUGGCCACUUCGGUCGGCAUCCUGAUGGACGACUUCGCUCGCGGCAAGAACUCCACCACACUCCCGCCUUCAGUCUCUGCCUUCACCUGGGACACCAAAGUCCGCGACCUUCUUCCCGAAGAGCUCGGAUGGUCGCUGCAAGAACCCGACGGGACGCUGGACGGAUGGACGACGCGCAAGGCCAGUAUCCGCGAUGUGCUCGGGCACGUCUCGGGUCUCCCGCGGCACGACUUCGCCUACGGACCGGGCGACACAGCGGCAGACAUAGUUAGGCGGAUGCGUGUGCUCAGGUCGGCGUAUGAGCUGCGCGAGAAGUGGUCGUACAACAACCAGAUGUACAUGCUCGGCGCGCACCUCGUCGCGCAGUACUCCGGCAUGUCGUACGCCGACUUUCUCUCCACGCGCAUCUUUGGCCGGCUCCACAUGAACGACACGACCAUCUGGCUGUCCGUCGCCCAGCGGUCCGGCAAGCUCGCGCACUCGUGGAACAAGGACGGCCGCCGGAUCCCUUUCUGGUUCAACGACGGGUCCGUCAUCUUCGGGGCCGGCGCGGGAGGCGUCAUCUCGAGCGCGGAGGACAUGGUCAAGUGGCUGGCGGUGUGGCUGAACAAGGGCGUCGACCCCGUCUCGAACCAGAUGCUCUUCCCGGAGAGCGUGUACGAGGCGACGACAACUGCGCGCUGGGUCGCGAAAGGACAGCCAAGUGCGCCCCUUGGUGCGAGCAUCCUCGGAUACGGCAUGGGCUGGGAGAGGUGGUCGUAUGGCAGCGUUGAUGUCGUUGAGCAUGGCGGUGGUAUCCCUGGGUUCUCCCUCCUCACUGCGUUCUCUCCUGACAACAACAUCGGCGUCACUGUCCUGUGCAACGCGGACGAGAAAGCACUCGCUGCGCGCAUGAUCUUGAAACGGACGUUUGACGAUGUCCUCGGGCUGCCUCCGACGAAGCUGAUCUAUCCUAGCGACAAGCCCGUCGCCUUGUCCGACUCCUAUGCCGCGAAGAAUACGUCCACCGCCCCUCCGUCGCUCAGCAUCGCGCGCUACGCUGGCUUGUACACCUCCCCCGGCUACGCGCCCAUCGCACUCUGCCACGCCGAGUCCACCUCUACCUACUGCAAGGACGUCCUCUCGGCCUUCUUUUCGCUCGGAAAGCCGCCUUCCUUCGCGAGCGGUCUUUACGCCGCCUUCCGGAGCGUGUGGGCGACGCACGUGCGGAUGGAGCACGCAGGCGGCGACGCCUUCGACGCGACGUUCACCGCCAUCUUCCCGACGGGCUACGGGCGCAACACCAGCGCGUUCGGGUUCUCCGAGACGGGCGAGUCCGGUGGGCCGGUGGAGUUCGACGUGCGGGGUGGAGAGGUGUUCGGGUUCUCGCUCGUCACGGACCAAGCGGCGGUGGACGCACGGAGGAGGCGAUUUGGCGAGGGGGCGAGCGCGAGGGAGGUGGCGGAUGCGUGGUUUGAGAAGGUUGGCUAG